CCUCGCCUCGCCGCCGCACACACGCAUGCUUCUCCAUCUUGUGAUCCCUUUUUUUUUUUAAUUUAAAAAAAUUUUUUUUUUAAUUUUCCUCCGGAACCCUCCAGUGGGGGAGCGAGUUAGUCUUCGCGCCCCCCCUCGCCGCGCGCCACCGUCUCCCCAGCUCGGCGUGCGCCUCUUUUCUCUUGUCGCCACUCUUCAUUCUUAUUUAUUCGUAUUUAUUGGGCUCCUGCCCUCCUCCUCCUCCUCCUCCUGCCGCCGCGGCUCCCCCGCCCUCCCCCUCCUCCCGCCCUCCGGAUCCCUGCGCUCUCUCCCCGGAGCGGCCGGUCCGGGGGCUCCGCCGCUGGCCGGGCGUGAUGUUGCACGUGGAGAUGUUGACGCUGGUGUUCCUGGUGCUCUGGAUGUGCGCGUUGAGCCAGGACCCGGGCUCCAAGGCCGUCGCCGACCGCUACGCCGUCUACUGGAACAGCAGCAACCCCAGAUUCCAGAGGGGUGACUACCACAUUGACGUCUGUAUCAAUGACUACCUGGAUGUUUUCUGCCCUCACUAUGAGGACUCGGUCCCGGAAGAUAAGACUGAGCGAUAUGUCCUCUACAUGGUGAACUUUGAUGGCUACAGUGCCUGCGACCAUACUUCUAAAGGGUUCAAGAGAUGGGAAUGCAACCGGCCCCACUCUCCAAAUGGACCGCUCAAGUUCUCUGAAAAAUUCCAGCUCUUCACACCCUUUUCUCUGGGAUUUGAAUUCAGGCCAGGCCGAGAAUAUUUCUACAUCUCCUCUGCAAUCCCAGAUAAUGGCAGAAGGUCCUGUCUAAAGCUCAAAGUCUUUGUGAGACCGACAAAUAGCUGUAUGAAAACUAUAGGUGUUCAUGAUCGUGUUUUCGAUGUUAACGACAAAGUAGAAAAUUCAUUAGAACCAGCAGAUGACACCGUGCACGAGUCUGCCGAGCCGUCCCGCGGGGAGAACGCGGCCCAGACGCCGAGGAUCCCCAGCCGCCUCCUGGCCGUCCUCCUCUUCCUCCUGGCCGCGCUCUUGACCUUAUAGCACCGCCGCUGCCACCUGAGCAGCAGGGCCUUGGACACCGGAGACCCACCUGACUGCUCAUCCUAAGAAGGGACUGGUUAUUGGGUUUGGGGUUUUGGUUUUUUUUUUUUUUUUUUUUUUUUUUUUUUGGGGCAGAUGUCAGAUUUUUGUUUUCUUUCUUUCACCUGAAUUCUAAGCGACAACUGGGGGCCAGCAGGGGCUCAAGUGGUUGCUGCUCCCCCC